GCACCACGCCAGAUAUUUGACUGCUUUCCCCAGCGACCGGCUUCGCCAUUGAUAGUACACCACCGGGGGACGGCCGCCUGUUUGUUUCUCUUCGGCGCGCGAGAGAUCUCAGGGAUGGCGACCACCACCGGCGGGACGAGCCCCGCCCCCGCGAUGAGCAUGAAGCUGCUGGUGGACACCAAGGCGGGGCGCGUGCUGUUCGCGGAGGCCGGCAAGGACGUCGUCGACUUCCUCUUCUCCCUCCUCGCCCUGCCCGUCGGCACCGCCGUCCGCCUGCUCGGCAGGCGCUCCAUGCCCGGCAGCGCCGGCGACCUCUACGCCAGCGUCCAGAGGCUCGACGCCGCCGCCUACCUCCUGCCCGGCGCCGACAUCGGCGCGCUCCUCCGCCCCGCCGUCCCCUCCAGCAUCCCCCUCCUCUGCUUGCCCGGCCCGUCGUCGCGUCGCCCGCGUCCAAGCGAUUCUUCUGGUGCGGCGAGGACCACAGCCGCGACUACGGCCACGGGCGGUGGCGCGUGCCCGACCUGCGCCAAGCCGAUGACGAAGAAGAUGUACUGGGCGCGGUCCGGCUCCGGCGGCUCUGGGCAGGCGGCGGUCUCCGCCGCCACGGGAAGGGCGAAAGGGUUCGUGCAGGGCGUCGUGACGUACACGGUCACGGACAACCUCACCGUGACCCCCAUGUCCGCCAUCUCCAGCAUCACCCUGCUCAACACCUUCCGCGUCAGGGACCUCAGCGCGCUACAGGAGAAGAUCGUGCGGAUCGGCUACAAGGAGGGUUUGGCGAUUCUCAAGGCGUCGCUGCAGUCCAAGACCGUUCUCACCGACGUCUUCCUCGCCCACAGGGCUCCACGAUCGGCUGCCUAAAUUAGGUUCACUAUUAAGCAGUGCUCUUGUGGUUGUGCUUGGUGUUCUUCUCUUAUGCAAGGAUGGAUAUGAUAUGAGUUCCUCCCGCAACUGAUCAUUAAUUAAUCAGGACCGAAUGCUUGUAGAGCAAUCGCUUAGCUCUCCAGUUCUGGCCAUUUCCUACUUAUUUGUUGAUGAUUGUUGCUUCUGUUGAUUAGAUCGCACCGCUUAACUCUCAGAUUGAAUUUAGUACUC